UGGUUGCUUCUCGCUAUUAUGUUUAGGGAGACAGCUCAUCAAUACAGGUGGCAAUAGGGGUGGAGCCAGCUGCCACGAUGUGUGAUUCUGAGUUGGGCAGUGACAAGGUGAAGGAGGUCGGUGAUGUGAGGAUGGAGCACCGCUGGUAUGAGUCCUGGUAUGAGAAGUUUGUGCAGCCGUGUCUGGUGGAACUUCUGGGCUCUGCCCUCUUCAUCUUCAUCGGAUGUUUGUCUGUCAUUGGGAAUGAGGCAAGCUUGGGGCUGCUGCAGCCGGCACUGGCCCACGGGCUGGCUCUGGGCCUUCUCAUCGCCACACUGGGUAACAUCAGUGGUGGACACUUUAACCCUGCCGUGUCCCUGACGGCCAUGCUAAUUGGAGGCCUCAACCUGAUGAUGCUCCUUCCCUACUGGAUCUCCCAAUUCUGUGGGGGGCUAAUUGGAGCUGCAUUGGCCAAGGCAGUGACUCCUGAGGACAGGUUUUGGAAUGCCUCUGGGGCAGCCUUUGCGAUAGUCCAGGAGUCAAGCCAGGUGGCAGGGGCAGUGGUGGCAGAGAUUGUCCUGACCACUGUUCUAUUGCUGGCCGUCUGCAUGGGCGCUAUCAACGAGAAGACCCAGGGCCCACUGGCCCCAUUCUCCAUCGGCUUCUCCGUCACAGUGGAUAUCCUGGCAGGGGGUGCUGUGUCUGGAGCCUGCAUGAAUCCUGCCCGUGCCUUUGGACCUGCUGUGGUGGCCAACUACUGGAACUUCCACUGGAUCUACUGGCUGGGCCCAUUCCUAGCCAGCGCAUUUGUAGGACUGCUUGUCAGAACGGCAAAGAUGAGCCUCUUCAGGAAAAGGGUUGGAAAGCAAACAGGUUUUUCAUUGGAGAUGCAAAAAUCCGCCUAAUUCUAAAGGGAGAGUGAAGCCGAGAUGGUGGAAUUCCUGUUGCC